GCGGAAACUGGGAUCCACUGGGAUGGUUGAUGCGCAGGGAUGGCAGAGUUGGUCGUAUACGGCCGAGAUAGCUGCAGCGUGUGCAACCGAUUCAAAGGAAGCUGCGACCACGGAGGCCUGAAAUACAGGUUUGCGGACGUCGACGUGGCUGGCCACAAAUCCGAGAUGCUGCGGAAGCUGCGGGGCGCCGAGUGGUGGACUUCGGGCAGCAAGUUCCGCUUGCCGCUGGUGGACGUCUACGGCCAGCUCUUGGAACGUCCCAGCUUUGGGGUGGUGAAAGCAGCCAGAGACCGGCUGCCUAGGGAGGAGAAGGUGGACAGCAUGAAGCAAAAGUUCAAGGACUUGGACCUGAACCAGGAUGGCACUCUGAGCUUCGAUGAGAUGCGUCAGCUGAUGACGGCGUUGGCGCCCUCCCUCUCCGAAGUGCAGCUGCAGCGGCUUUUCUGCGCGGCGGAUGUGAAUCAAAACGGGGUGCUGGAGUUGGAGGAGUUUAUCGAUUUCGUGAUGUACGGCAAGGUGGCGGCGGCAAAGAUUUCCGCCGAAGCCGCCGAAGCCGCCGAAGCCGUCGAAACCGUCGAAGCCGUCGACGUGGCUGAAGCGGCCGAAGCGGACGCAGGGGUCGAAGCGGAGACGAGGUAUGGUACUUGGGAAGAAUGGAAAGCGAAGACGCUGGAAGAGCACAACUUCGCGCGGCGCCAGCAUGGGGUGCUUCCUUUGGCCUGGAGCGAUGAGUGCUUCCGCCUGGCGAAGCAGCAGGCCCGGGUUUGUCAAGCCGCCGGCAAGAUGCUGCGAGGAAACUGCCACGGUCCUUCGGGGCCCCACGGGCAGAACCUCUACUGGAACCCGUGCACCUGUCCGAGCCCCCCCGUGAUGGUGAGAUGCUGGACGAACGAAGCCGUUCAACCGGGCUAUGACUUCAAGACAGCAGUCAGGAGCCCCGGAACCGAGCAGUUCACGCAAGUCGUUUGGAAGGACACGACGCACGUUGCCAUGGCGCUAUCGGACGAUGAGAAGUUUUGCAUAGCAAACUACUACCCAGCCGGCAACGUGGGAGAUUUCCAGGACCACGUGUUUCCCGAAGGGACGCAGCCGCCCAAACCCUUUGCUGGCGCACUGGCGGCAGUGAAGGGUGCUGGAGGAAAGGAAGAGGCCAGCUUCGAGACAAAUCGGGAAGGUGUGGAGACGUUGCGAGUGCGCCGCUAUCCUCAUCCCACCAUCGACGAAAUCCUGGAGCCCUUCCCUGGUACCGACUUUAAGGAGAGGAUCAAGAAGGCCUUCCAACAAGGAGCUGAUCUGGUGACCAUCGACCGCGUGCGCCAGCCACCGGUGUCCCACGUCCGGGUCAUCGCCACCAAAGGCUCCGCCGUGGUGGCGCAGCUUGUGCGCUUGGGCGUUGGAUUCUAUUCCGCGCGUCGCACGUGCUGAUUCCACGCGGAUCGUUGCGAGUCUCGUGUUAAUGCCCAGCCGCCACAAAGAGGGCGACGCAGGGACUUUUCGAACACCGGAAAGCUGGCAGAGUUGGGAGAGACGGGGA